GAUCGUUUUGUGGCUGGUGUUUCUUCUGUUUUUCCUGAGCAGCGUGAGCACCACGCUGACAUGGUGAGAUGCAAUAAGAUUCCCGUAUCCCUUUAAUUUUGAUUUAAUUUACCUGGCGCGUAGUCAAUAGCGCGCAUUACCGGAUUUCUCUGUAUCGGCCACCGAGUCUGCCUUCCGCCUACAGCGAAGUGUGGACAGCAGCCGUACACAAGCGACGAGGAAGUGCCAGCGUCAGUAGCCCGACAUCGCGGAGUUCCUGAGCUGAUUUCCCGUCACCACCGAUCGGAACCCGUCUCUUUCGGAUACCAGAAGAAAGCCCACAGUCCAGGCAUUCUUCUGAGCGGAAGCUGAAGCGGGAAAAGCGAGUCUGCGUCCGGACGACAAUUUCGGAAGCAAGCAAGCAAGCAAGCAACCAAGCAAGCGAGCGUCGACCGCAUCACCUUCAGCAGUCGUCACGUCAGCUAGCAGACCGAAUGGAACCGAACGUGUGCGAUCGCUGCAAGUAUAACACGAACAACCGGAAAUGUACCGACUGUCUGUUUGGACAGAAUAUCGAUAAUAUGAAUCCAGAUACCGUUGUAACACGGCUGGUGAGCGAAGUGAUGCAUGCCAAUUUGGAUGCAUACACCACCGUAAUGGAGUCGCGAUAUGAACUGAUUCUCCAGCGGAAACCGUGGUUGUUGGCGCAGAUUAAUGAUGCCGUCCAUGGGUUCGUUAAUAGCCGAGCGGAUCAUUGGCAACAAGUGCCGGAUCCAGGGAGAGCGCCGUCGCACGUGGCGAUGCGAUUUAACGCACCGUCACAACCGAAUACACAGGCGUACGCGAUGCCGCAGCAAUCGAUGUUGAAUUAUCAACAAUUUCCGCAACAGUAUCAACCGGCGCAAAAUGCGCAAUAUCCGCAGGCUGACUGGGCAUUUAAUCAGCCGCAGUAUCAGCAAUAUCGUCAACCGAUGCCGACGCAGCAGGCGACGACCAGUACCGACCCGUGGCUCGCUGAGCGCGGAUAUCGUCCGAAUGUUGCGCAGCAGUUUGGUAGCCGAACUGCCACACAACAGCAGAAUAUCGAACGUCAGCCGAGUACGUCGCGUAAUCAACCGGACGCGCGUGCGGGACUGAUGAAAAAAGUAAGUAAAUUGUCUUUGGAUGAAUCGACUACGUCAGCAGGGAAUGAGUGUUUACAACCGUCCUCUGACAGUAGUAGCGGCAGACCAGUAUUUGGUAGCCGCCAUCGAAUUGAAUAUAGUCUGGAACCGUCUGUGCAUCAUUCACAGUCGCGCAAGAAUAUUAUAAUCGAGGGUAGAGAUUUGACCGAAUUGGGAAAUAAACUUAUUUCUGCUGAUUUGCAGAGACGAACCGGCAGACAGCGCAAUCGCGAUAAUGUUCGAUCGGCUGAAUAUCAGCAACAACAGCAGCAGAGCGCUCGACCGGCUGGAGAUCAGCAGUCGAAUACUCAGCGCAAUGUGCAGAAUAAUCAACCGGCUGGAAAUCAGCAGCGCGAUGUUCAUCGUCGCGGAUACCGUGAUAAUCGUUCACUACCGAUCGAUCCUUCUACCGUACUGAAGGACGUAAUGCAUAUUGUGAACAAUGCUGAAAUUUAUGUUCACAAAUUAACCGGCAUCUUGGGAAUUGCGAACCGUGAGGAAAACCCAGACGUAGCGCAAUAUGAUCCACGAGUCUGUGGAUUUGCUGGAAAGAAUCGGGCUACGAGGCCGUAUGUUAGAAAUCGAUUAUGCUAACGUAGAUUUAGUGCGAUCGUUGGACGUGCAGAA